AUGGAAGAAGUGGAGUUUGCAGAGGGCGUUCCUCAUGCUCAUUAUAUCUGGAUGAUCUUCACUUUCUUCGUCGCUACCAUCUUUAUAUGCUUUAGUGGAUGUGUGGCGACCGUGAUAUUACGAUGGGUAAGUUAUUUUUUAAAACUUUUUUUUGAAAAGUUGUUCUGCCUUGGUCCAAAAGUUUAUAGAAACUAUGAAGAAGUAUCAUACUGAAGUUUAAAGGCUUUUCUUUAUAUUUUUUGACCGAAUGUGUAAAAAUGUUAUUUUAGGCGUACAAAAACGCGACCAGACAACGUUUGCAAGCUCUGGACGAUGAGGCACGUCAAGAAGCGGCAGCAAAAGGCCAAGCUGAAAUGUAUUUGAUUGUGGCAGCAUUACUUCAAAAGCUGACAAAUGUGAAUACCAACGUCGCUCAAAAAGUCACCAGUAAGUUAUUUUACAGUCUUUUGAAAGUAGUUUAUAAGAAAAAUACUGUGGUAUUUCCAGCUGCCGAAGAGAUACAUCCGGUACCAAAACAGAUUGUAGAAAGCCAGAGCAUAGAGCAAGUUAAGGUUCAGCCCCAAACUGUAAGUUUUUUAUUGUGAAAGCAUAUACCCAGCUUUAGUUUUAGUUCUGGCCCUAGUCCUAGCCCUAGCCCUAGCCCUAGUCCUAGUCCUAGCCCUAGCCCUAGCCCUAGCCCUAGCCCUAGCCCUAGCCCUGGCCCUAGUCUUAGCCUUAACCGUAGCCUUAGACAGUCUUACUUUACUUAUAACUAAAAAAUGUUUUUCAGGCCCUACCAGUAACAGUACCCCAAGAUUUGAUGUCGAAGAUCUUGGAGAAUCUUACUCAAGCCAUCACGGCCAAAGACAACGCCAAAACUGCGAAAGAAAUUGAAAAACCGGCCGGUAAAGGUGAUGAAAAGUCUGUGCAUAGUGAAAGUAACAUUGAGGUAAGUCUCUAAUUUUAUUUUAAGACAAUUUUUUGGUCAAAAAGUACGUAGAAAUUUGAGUUUUACCAAUAUUUUUCAGUGCGUCAAAAAGAAUAGGGAACUUUUCAAUGCAUUUAUAUAGAAAAAUAGAUCAAUUCUUUUUGACGCGCAUUUCAAAAUUGUUUUAGUUUGGUCAAAAAGUUUAUAGAAAACUUAAAAUAUCAAAAACUUUGUUUACAGCUAACUUUUUAGAGUGAAACCGGCUCAGAAAGUCCUAUUACAGCAUCAUCUGUGAAAGCUCAUAAGAAGUUACCAUAUACAAAGAAGAAGGAGAAGUCACAGUAUUCGGACUUGAGUUCAUCGGAUGCUACAACUACUACUACGCAAGGGGUAUGUUCUGUAACUUUUUGCGUUAUAGGAUAGGGUAGGGCAGAGUAGGGUGGGGUAGGGUAUGUUAGGUUAGGUAAAAGUACGAUACGGUAGGGAAUGAUAAAGUUGGGUGGGUAAAUGUAUUUUUCUAAAGUUUUUUAAAUGAAAAACGUCAUUUUAGGUACCAAUUCACCAAGACGUAAUGGCUGGUAUAUUAGGAACAAUGUCAGAACAGCACGUACCACGAAAGAUGCCAACAAAACCACAUAAUAAGAAGAUAUUACUCACUAAGAAAUAUAACCAAAGGCCUUCGACAACAACAUCUGAAGUAAGUUUUUCAGUAAAAAGUACAAAAACUUUCUUUACAAUCUGAAAAACGAUAGUUUUAAAGUCGCGUCAAAAAGAAUCGACCUUUUUUGUUAUAUAAAUACACAGAAAACUACCCAAUUCUUUUUGACGCUUUAAGUUUAUAGAGAAGGAAGAUUUUGAAAAAUAUGGUCAAAAACUAAAUAAAGCAGUCUUUUAGCUUUAGUUUGAUUCAUUUUUUGGUUUUUCUAUAAACUUUGUGACCGAAAUAAAACAAUUUUAAGCCGCGCGUCAAAAAGAAUUGAUCCUUUUUGCUAUAUAAAUAUACUAAAAACUGAUCAAUUCUUUUUGACGCGCUUGACGUUUUGUAAUUUUUCAUCAUAAGAAAGUGGAAAAUGGUAAAAACUUUGUUUCCAGAUUAAAAUUAAAUUUAAUUUUGAUCAAUAAAAGCUGGGUUUUCAGAGCCAUUUCACCACCACCUCAUCCGGUGUACGUUCGUCAAGUAGUCCAGUUGUGUAUUCACCUCAAGAAGCUAAUGGAUCCCAAGUUGAUGAAAACACGUUGAAUUCGUGGAAAUCGAAGCAGAUUUCGAAUACAACUAUCUCUGAUGAUUUUGACAAAAGUUCGGUUUUAAACACAAAAGAAUUUGAGGAUUAUACGGAUUGUGAAGAAGAUAUCAACUUGCCAAUUACUGUACCGGACAAGAAGGACAAUUUGGAUCCAAAUGAGGUAAGUUUUAAAAGUUGGUAAUUUUUGUGGGUAUAGGUAAUUUUGGCCUUGGAUAGAGCUAUAGUAGAGUGGAAAAUGGCACGGUGGGACUAUUACUAUGUUAAGUUCGAAUAGUGUUAUGGUAGGUUUGUGUUGUGUAGAGUAGGAUAAGGUGUGAUAAAGUACAGUACGGUAAGGAGGUGGUGUAGGGCUGCAUAGGAUUGUGUAGAAUUGGGACAGGGGCGGGGGUGGAGUGAGGUACGGUAAACCAGGAUAGAGCAGUAUAGGGUAGAGUAGGGCAGGGAAGGGUAUGUUAAGGUAAGGUACGUUAAGGUACGGCAGGGCACGAAUGGGUAGGGUAGGGCUGCAGUGGGACUAACACGGUAAAGUAGGGAAAGCUAGGGUAGGGAAAGGAAGAGUAGGGUAGGGUAGGGUAGGGUAGGGUAGAGUAAGGUAGGGUAGGGUAGGGUAGGGUAGGGUAAGGUAAGGUAGGGUAGGGUAGGGUAGGGUAGGGUAGGGUAGGGUAGGGUAGGGUAGGGUAGGGUAAGGUAGGGUAGGGUAGGGUAGGGUAGGGUAGGGUAGGGUAGGGUAGGGUAGGGUAGGGUAAGGUAGGGUAGGGUAGGGUAGGGUAGGGUAGGGUAGGGUAGGGUAGGGUAGGGUAGGGUAGGGUAGGGUAGGGUAGGGUAGGGUAGGGUAGGGUAAAGUAGGGUAGGGUAGGGUAGGUCGGGUAGGUAGGGGGCUGUAUAAUAUUAUACUGUAUCUUAUAAAUUGGGUAAUAGGCUGUUAAUUUCAAAAUGGCAAGAACUUUCUUUACAGUGUUAAAAAACUUUUUUAGAUUUACUUUUGCGCACGAGACAUGGCCGGCAUCGUACAUAAUAUUGGAAUUGAUGGUGGAAAACAGCCGAAUAUGAUAAGACCACCACGAAAAGACUUGAAAUUGGUACCUAAAGUACCACCAGGACUAAAGCUGGCACCGCUUAAAAUGUCGUCAUAUUAUCCACAAUAUUCAGCAAAACCAAAGUUUGGUACUCAGGGAGCUGUUACUACGGUAAGAUUGGGUUAUUUUAAAAUAGCAAGGACUUGAAUACGGUAAUGUUGAGUUACUGUAAAUAAAAAAAUGUCAUUUUAGACACAAAUGCACUCAAAUGUAAUGGCAGAUGUGUUGCAAAGUGUUUCGAUGUCACGAGAUGCUAGGCUGUUCCCAGCCAAACCUCAUCAAACCAACAUCCUGAUUAAUAAACAAGAGGAGCAAAAGUAUUCGGACGGUCAGAAAAAUGGGGUAGGUUCAUACUUAAUAUACUUGUUUUAAUGUUAAGGAGGGGGUAUGGUAAGUCAGGAGUUAGAGAAGGUAAAGUAGGGGUGGUUAAAGUAAGUAGGACAAAGUUAUGCCUGAGGACUAGUUGAGGUAAGGCCAGUAUAGCGCUAGAGUAAGGUAGGGUAAGAUAAUGUAGGACAUGGGUGUGCAAUAAAGCUACCGUAAGACUGGGGUAGGGUAGAAGAGUAGAGAUUAGGUAGGGUAGGGUAGGGUAGGGUAGGGCAAGGUAGGGUAAGGUAGGGUAGGGUAGGGUAGGGCAAGGUAGGGUACGGUACGGUACGGUAAAGCAGGGUAGGGUAAUGUAGGGUAGGGUAAAAUAAACUACAAUAAUGUUACUUUCAGAUGCAGAACCGGUCAAAUGCUGCCGCUGAUUCCCCGUUUGCCAUGCCUCAGAAGUACAAAGCCAAACUGUGUAAUUUGUUGUCUAAGUAG